GGAUGCAGUAUGGGGAGGACCGCCGAGUUUGAAUGAAGUAGAAUCUGGUCCAGUAGGACUGACAUUUUUGGAGAAAGUGGUCGCUUGGCCUCACCCUCCAGUACAGUAGAUGGCGGUGUAUGCACCUUCAAGUUGGAUGCAAUCCACCAACCAAAUCCCAAAGAAGAAGAAGCGAAGAGAAGAAAAAAAUAAAUAAAAAAAUUCCCGAAGUUGUCACCGGACGCAUGCGUAUUUCACUGUUCAAUGUCACAGCAACAAUUGAACAUGGCUGCCGUGGGUUUCAGAAAUUGGGCUCGAGCUCUUUCCAGGGGGAAACAGCCAGGCUUCUCGGCGCUUUUCUCCCAAAUCAGAGCAGCCUCUGGACCUUCCAAGGGCAUGCUGCCAGGGCCAUACCCCCAAACGCCCGAGGAGAGAGCAGCUGCAGCGAAGAAGUACAACAUGAGGGUGGAGGAUUAUGAACCAAUCCCGGAUAAUGGCGAGGGGUAUGGAGACUACCCACAAUUGCCAGACAGAUCCCAGCAUGAGAGAGACCCCUGGUAUUCCUGGGACCAUCCAGACCUGAGGAGGAACUGGGGGGAGCCGAUCCACUGGGAUUUUGACAUGUUCAUCAGGAAUCGAGUGGACACGUCGCCCAGCCCUGUGGCCUGGCACACCAUGUGCAAACAUCUGUUUGGUUUCGUUGGAUUCAUGCUGCUGAUGUUCUACCUUGGGGAGAAGUUUCCAUCUUACCAGCCGGUGGCACCCAAACAAUAUCCUUACAGCAACCUGCACCUAGAGAGAGGAGAGGAUCCCGAGAAACAACCUGAAGAAGUCAAACAUUUUAACAUUUAAAUAUCUGCUUCUCUAAAUGUGUAUAUUUCUGUCUAAUAAAGAGUUAUUCGUGUGACUUCAGUCACAUUCCUUGA